AUUUUUAAUUUCAAUAUUUCAAGGUGCAAAAAACGACAAAUAUGAAAUCGCUUUACAUUAAGCUUAUAAUAUUAAUAAUAUUGCAACAAUUCUGCUGGCUUACACGAAGUCUUAAGGGACCUUGUGAAGAUUUCUAUGAAUAUGCCUGCAGCAACUAUAGUCGUGAAAAUCCAGAUGAAAAUUACAAGGAAAUAACACAAAAAUUAGAUUAUGAAAUGAAUAAAAAGCUGCUGGAAUAUAUAAGCAAGCAGACCUAUAUACCUGGUAAACAAACAUUUUGUGAUAAAAUGCUAUUGUACUGGGAAUCGUGUAAGAGUGAAACGCAAAGAGAUUUAAAGAAAUAUUUUGAGGACAUCAGACCGGGUGGCCAAUUAAGUUGGCCUUUAUUAGCGGAUACGAAACGCUGGUUGGAAGCAAAUGAAACUUUUGAUUUUUGGUCAUUGUUGGGCAAUAUGCAGUCAUAUGGUUUAAAUAAUGUUCUAUUAAAGCAAGAAAUUGAAAGAAAUAGGGAAGGUAUGUUACAUAUCUGGCUGGCACCUGCUAUAGCAGAUGAUGAAGAGGGCACCUUACCCGAUAACAAAGUAUUGGAGGUGUUGUUGAAAACUUUAGGCAUAGAGCACACCGAGCUGAUAAUACAGCAAUUAUAUAAUGUGGAUUUAAAAUUAAAAAAUAUGAGCGCUAGAUAUGAUUCUAGUGCAAAUCAUAUAAGAAAUAUAAGUUGGACAGAUAUAGAUAUAUUACAUCCACUGUUUAAUGUAAAAUUAUAUCUGGAAAAUUUGUUGGGUAGCGAGAUCAACAAUAUUUCAGUUAUUACCAUAGAAAAUCCAGAAUAUAUAAUAUAUUUUAAUCGUAAAUACUGGUCACCUAAAGAGCUGAAAGAUUUGUGCAAUUAUUUAAUGUUAAAAUUUCUCUACUAUUUGGCCAAGGAUAGCACCACAGCAUUUACACCCAUUGCCUGUAUAAAGGAUUUAAGAAGAAAAUUUGAUUUAGCAGUAAAUUUCUCUUAUUAUCAUAACUUCUUUCAGAAAGAAGAAACAAAAUUUAUAAAAGCUCUUGCUAAGCUAAAUCGACAAAUUAAAGCUACCAUGUUAAAGUAUUUUGAAAAGAAUUUCUUAAAACUCAACUGUGAACAAAUCAUUUUUUUGGAGACCAAAUUAAAUGAAAUUAAAAUAAUUAUAGGUAAUUUACCAGCUGAUAAAAGUUUUUAUGCGGUAGAAAACUUUUAUAAGGAUAUAUCGCCUUUAUCUAAAGAAAACUAUUUUAAAAAUCAUUUGUUGCUGUUAAAACAUCGUUUCAGGAAUUCGUUGCUAUAUAAACAAAAUCAAACACACUUUAUAGUCAGCGACAAUCAUAUGGGUGCUGUGUCCUCACCGUUUUAUGUGCCCCAACAGAAUAUGGUGGUUAUACCAUUUGGCAGUUUACAACUUCCUUUAUACCAUUACAAUCAAACUCCCCUAGAACAAUUGUCUCUAUUGGGUUUUGUUCUGGCUCAUGAACUAACCCAUGCUUUCGAUACCACUGGUCUAAAUUUUGAUCAAUAUGGUUUGCCUUUAGAUCCACCUUCAGACAUAAUGUAUCAUAAAAAUUUUACAAAAGCUCUUAAAUGCAUGCAAGCACAAAAUUUCACCGAAUCCAUAGAUGAACGUAUUGCCGAUCUAUUUGCUGCACGUGUGGUUUAUCGUAUCUAUUACGAAAAUUAUUCGCAUGAUAAAAACCCACAUUGGAGAAAACGCUUCUUUAUGAAUAUGGCUCAGUUUUUCUGUGGCAAAGAUAAUAUACAGUUUAUAGAUCAUGAUUCUGAUGCCCAGCGUUUGCAGGAAAUUGUAAAGAAUAUUCGACCAUUUGCAAAAGCAUAUAAUUGUUCAGAGACAAGUCUCAUGUAUACGAAACCGAAAUGUCGUCUUUAUUAGAAAAAUUUACCAAAGUAAAUGUUUCAUAUGGGAAAGCCAUAGAAGCAAAUGUUGUAAACUCCACUCUUUUAAAAUAUAUAUUUCCGAAAUUACUUAUGGUUUAAGAUGGAUUAACUGAGUACUUCAGACCAUAGAUUUCGGCAGCUAAAUUCGUAGUGGAAUUGAUAAUUUAUUUAUAAAAUAAAAUGGACAUUUCUAUCUAAGAAUAUGUAAUAAGUUAACUUAAAAUAAAAUGUCU